CUUGGGACGUCCCAACUCUGACGUUACACCAUUAAAGUUGACAUUGUAAAUGGUUAUGAUACUUCUUUUUAUAGAUCGAUGUUAAGGUAAGGGUUAUGGUUAAAGUAGGGGUUAGGGUUUAGAAUGUGGACGUCCCAAGGAUCCCGAACAGCACUAAACCUUUCGAAUCUGUUUUUGGCUUUACUUUCACUUUACUAGAAAUCAUGUCAGUACAAUUUCUGGUAAAGGACACCGAUAAUUUGCUGUUUUUGACGUCCAACUCAUCCAACCCACAGUCAUUGCAUUAAAAACAAAUCUAAACCCAGUGACGGUUUCGUAUGGCCUGUCUGAUCUUGGCAGCGUGAUAAAGUUCGAUAUUAAACAGCAGCAGGUCAGAGCAGCUGGGAUCAAAUCCUAUUCCCCUACAGCAGCAUCAGUGUGAAAGUACAAGCAAGGACAAUGAGUUUGGAAGAGCAAAUCAGGGGCCUCUCACCAGUUGCAGCACAUGCCCUGGCAAGUGCUGAAAUUACAGAUGACAUUGAAAUUAAAGAGUUAACAAGAGGAGAUCUGAACGAACUUCUGCCAGGCGUUCAGCAUUUUAAACUUAGAAAGAAGAUCAGUGAACUUAUAAACAAAUCUAAACAGGACACAGCUAAGCCUAUUGCUUUAGUUCUUAACAAGCUGAGGGAAUUCCUUCCGGUUGAUGUCAUGGAGAAUGCACUUGUUCCUGGGGGAGUGUUACAUGGCUACUUCCCUAUUCUUAGAGAUUUGGAGAAGCAGCUGGCCGAAGCCCUGCACUUCAUUCAGGCACACGUUGGUUUGCUCGAGAGCUACAUUGGAGAAGAGUCCAUGGAGGCUCAGAGCAGUGCUGCAUCUCCAUCAGUUGACUCUGCUACAGCAGGAAACCAGCCAUCAAAUGUUGAGGGUGCGUACACCCAUUUUCAAAAAAGAACAGUUGCUUCUCAAAUUUCCACUGGUAGUGGGCUGACCGAGCCACGAUGCAAACUAGAGAAAUCAAACUCGGCAGACCGUUUAGGAGCAGAAGUUAAAGUCCAUUCACAAGUCUGUGGAAAAACCCUGAACACUCACCUUGCACUCAUGAAACAAGUGGAUGAUCUGGCAGUAGGACUAAAGCGAGAGGAGACCAGACCAGAAGACUGCCAGGUCAUAAUAGCCUUCUGUCCUAUUACAUCUCGUGUGGGAACAGACAUUGAUGCCGCCAUGAGCAAAGUUCCAAGUAACAAAGAUGUCAUUCUAGUGGUGAUGAACCAUACUUUUGAUCACUGCUUUGUCACAAGCCAGAGAUCUGCAUCUCACUACAAAAACAUAGUGGAGGAAGUUAAUGUUCUCUUCCAUGACUCUUUGGGACUUCUGCAUUGUGAAACAAAUGAUAAAGCAGCGACUCUCAUACACAAGGCCUUACAGAAAUACAGCAGCACUACUUACACACGUUAAGUUUCCCCUGGUGGCAACACAAAGAAGUUUAACACGCAAACAUGAUUUAAAAACCUCAUUCUACCAUUCAAGGCGUUGGUAAUUCAUUCUAGUUUAGAAUAAAGCAUAUCAAUCUGUGUUGAUACUCAAGCAGGACUAAAUUAGAUGUCUCGCUGUAGAAAGGGAAUUUUGCAGUGGAUGCCCUCUUAACACUACCAAUCAUGCGGGAUGCCUCAUAUUUGUGAAUUUGAGCUUUUCCUUCUUUUGGUAUUAGAAGCACUUAGUUGUUGGAUGUACUUAACAAAUGCUUGUCUAUGUAACUACAGUAUCAUUAAAUUAUAUUUGUUUUGCUUACA